AUGACGAUUACUGUCGAGAUCAACCACCAUGGUUCUUUCCACAAUGAUGCUAGAAACCCUCGCUAUAUAGGAGGUUAUGUUGAUGUUAUUAAGGAGUUUGAUGCAGACACACUGUCGUUUAGGGAUUUAGGAGAGUUUGCUGAGAAGUUUAAUUAUAAUCCCGAGUCUUUAGCUCAUUUUAAGCGUGAUGGGAAAAAUAUGUCCAGUGGAAUGAGGCUAUUAUAUGAUGAUGAAUCAAUAAGAGAUUGUAUAGAAGUAUCUAAGCCAUAUGGGAAGAUUGAAUUGUAUAUUGAUCAUUGGCUAGAUGAAGGUGAAAAUGUAGAUAAUGACAGAGGUAAGGAUUUUGUAGAGGAAGAUGAUGGAGAUGAUGUGAAUGGGGAUGGGGAUGAUGGGGAAGGGGGAGAGUAUGAUGAUAGUGAAGAUGAGGAUUAUCAGUACAAAGGUACAGAGAGUGAAGAAAGUGAGAGUGAUGGGUCUUUUGUUGGUGAGAGUGAUGAAGAGCUUCAGAAGAAUAAGAAAAAUUGUAGGGACUUUAGGGAAGAUCUGAGGAAGGCAAUGGCCACCCCUGCAGAUGCAGAAUUUGAGGAAGAUGAGGUCUGUGGACUCUUCUAG